CACCAACAACAUAAUGGUAGGAUCCACAAAACACCGACUCCAUAGAGAAGAACAAGACCUCAUGCUCACGACAGCCUCGUAACAACUCUGCAUCUGCUCGCCCAGUUUCCCAGUUUUGACGCAGAAUGACGGAAAUUAUCAUGAACCAGACGCCUCCGGUCCUUCUCGGGCCUUCAGAAAAGGAGCGCAAAUAUGACCGACAACUGCGGCUGUGGGCCGCGAGUGGCCAGUCAGCACUCGAGUCAGCCAACAUUCUGCUGGUGAACUCGGGGGCGGGCACGGUCGGUGCAGAGACUCUGAAGAACCUCGUGCUGCCAGGGAUCGGUCGCUUCGCCAUCUAUGAUGAGACCCAAGUAAGCGAAGCCGACCUGGGAGUCAACUUCUUUCUGGAUGAGGACUGCCUGGGCAAGUCUCGUGCUCAGAGCUUGACCCAGCUCAUCCUCGAGCUCAACCCGGACGUCCAAGGCACCUGGUAUCCCGAUGAGGAGGUGAAGACACUGGACACCCUCCUGGAACGCUCACCGGUCUUCACAAUCAUCUUGUACACACAUCCCAUUCGCCCAGAGCAGCUUGCCCAGCUUGAGGCCUAUGGUCAACAGCACAAAACCCCGCUCGUGGCGAUUCACUCGGCCGGGUUCUACUCCUACUUUCAGAUCAACCUUCCAGGGGCGUUCCCCAUUGUCGACACGCAUCCUGACGAGACGGCAACGACCGAUCUGCGGUUACUGAAUCCCUGGCCGGAGCUGGUGGCCUUCGCCGAGGAGUUGACCAAGGAUAUCGACGGUCUAGACGACUUCCAACAUGGUCACCUGCCAUAUGUGGUGAUUCUUCUCCACUACCUUAAGAAGUGGAAAGCGGGACACGACGGCAAGUACCCCGCAACCUUCAAGGAGAAGUCCGAGUUCCGCAAGAUCGUGCAGGGUGCAGCGAGGACCAAUAACCCGGAAGGUGGCGAGGAGAAUUUUGAUGAAGCGGCUGCUGCCGUUGUCAAAACGGUGGUGCAACCGUCUUUGCCGUCCGGGCUGAAGGAAGUAUUCGAAUACCAGCAUACCGACCCGGCCGAAAAGAGGUCGGGUUUUUGGAUUAUCGCCGAUGCCGUCAAGCAAUUCUAUGAGAAACAUCACUGUCUGCCCCUUCCUGGCAAACUUCCCGACAUGAAGGCGCAGUCUAAGGUGUACAUCCAGCUACAAAACAUUUACAAGGCCAAGGCACGCAAGGACGCAGCCGAGGUACUGCAAAUAGUACAGGCUACGCCAGGUGGCGAGCACGUUGAUCCCGCAGAAGUGGAUCUCUUCUGCAAGAACGCAGCAUUCGUUAAGUUAAUCAAUGCGCGGAGGGGAGGGGGCAGCGGGAGCGACGCGCAGAUGAGCAGGGAAGAUCGUCUGAAGUCAGUGGCAGAGCUCGAGUUUGCCAACGACGAGACGGCUGCCUUGUCCCUCUCCCCGCUUUCCCUGCUGCCAAUCUACCUCGCUUUACAAGCGACGGCCCACGUGGACCUGUCUUCCCGGGAAGGUUUCACUGCCGACGCGAUCCUCGCGGCCGUGGCUCAGCGGGUGCCCGGCGCCGAGAAGCGGGAGCGCGUUGUGCAGGCCGCCAACGAAGUGGCACGCGCCGCCGGCGGGGAGCUGCACAAUGUCGCGGCCUUGACCGGUGGUAUGGUGGCGCAGGAGGCCAUCAAAAUCAUCACGAAGCAGUACAUACCUGCCGACAACACGGUUAUCUACGACGGAAUUGGCGGCCGGGUGCAGGUGCUGAGGCUUUGAGAACAACACCAAGGCCCGUGUGGGGAUAAACAGAAGGGGGAGAGGGAAAGGAAAGUGAAGGUCACGUGUUCCAAUUGGCGAGAUGAGAUGCCCUUGCAGUGCUGAAAGUGAUGAAAGUGGCAAGGCGCCUGGCUUUCGGGUCUUAAGUCCCUCGCGUCGUCCUUUUGCAAGUUCCAAGGGCAUGCUGAAGCGAGCUGGGCCCUCGUCUCCCCGCCUGGAGACAAGCAGACUAACAUAACAGGGACUUGCAAGUCCCGAGCCGGGCUGGGCUGGGCUGGGCUGGGCUCCGAUUGAGCCGGCUAGGGGUUUUUGAGUUUUUUUCCCCCCCUUCUUUCUCAUCCUCUCUCACCCCCCUCCUUCGGAAAAUAAGGAGCAAGCAGCCGGGUAUCAAGAGCGGGAGGCAGGCACAUCAGAUAUGACAGCAUACAGGCGCACGGUAUCCACAAACAGGAACAGGAUAUGCGCGGAAUUGGCGGCUUCAUAGAAACAUGACAACGGCCGGGUUACAGGUGGUGGUGCUAGCGGAAAUGAUGGAUGACGAUGAUGAUGAUGAAUAGACAGGCAUGCAUGGCCAAGAC